GUAGUUUAAAAAAAUAUUUUUCCAACAAUGUUUACUAAUUGUGACUUGAAUCAAUGGAUAAAUAAAUAUUUACUUCAAAAAAUCAACAUAAUUCAUGCUCAAUUGACUGGCAAGAACUGUGUCACUUGCACAAAUAGUUUCUUUCCACGUGGGUGUCAAGAGCUACAUUUACAAACAACAAUUCGUCAUGAAAUCUGUGAGGAAGUGAAAAUGAUAAUGAGUGGAAGUUAAUGAGAGUUUUAUGGGACUUCAGUAAACAUACAAUUUAAAAGAGAAAUUAAAUUAAAUCGUGAUGUUCACUUCAUGAGCAUACAACGUUAUACCUAAACCAGAAUGUGUUUUCUAUUAAUUAAAGUGCAUAAGUUAAUUUUUUUUAAAUAAAUAUCUCCAACACAUUCACAUCAUAAGCACUAUCUGCAGAUCAUAGCAAAUCUAUUAGUAACGCACAUAUGGACUCAAUAAAUUGUCAUUUCGUUAUCAUUGCGUUAAUUAAAUUUGUGGCUUCAAAGGCAUCUACAGUCACGUGGAAUCCACCUUUUAGCUGUGUGCAUCAAACUAGUUAAUCCCUUCGCCUCAUUCAACGUUUAUAAAUUUCUAUAUCAGCAUCAUCUGUUUGCUUCAUUCAAUCUACACAAUUGGAAACCAGAAGAACAUGUGUCUAGAUCACUAAGGUUAACCUAGACCGCAAAUGGAAUGUCAACAUCUCUGGGCCAAUGCAAAUAGAGAAAUUCCAAUGAUCAACUGCUGGAAAAAUUAGCAACGAAUGUGAGGAAUAUCGAUUCAAAGAUGAGUGUUGAAGUAAAUGAAGGCGCAGUCGCAACGACGCGACCCUCGCGGAAGAAUCUGCGCGAAUUCGCCCGCUACUGGAUUAAUUCUUUCAGGGUAAGGGCGUAUUUUACUCGAGAUGAUCGAAAUCGUGAGUGUUCGAAUGUUGGUCGUUAUACACCUGCUGAAUAUCAAGAAGAUUCAAAGCAAAAUGAUGAAGAGUUAAGUAAUAAAAACAUCACAACAGCAUCUGCAGCAUCAGUUUACUGUUCUCCAGAUGCAUCUGCAGGAUCACAACCAGACUCCACUGAUACUGUCAUGGGUAAUCUACAAAGCGAUGGAAAGAAACGACACAAGAAGCAGAAUGCUGAUGUUGAACCACAACAUCAGGCCCAUGCAACUUUUGAGAGAGUCCAUACCCCGGGUAAAAGACCGGCUCCUCCACCACCAAAAAUUCCUGCCAUUCCUCAGGCGGCACCAGUGAUCUCGGAGAUUCAGCCAGAUGAUAUCAAGCUUACAUUGGAAUCUCCAAAACGAGCGGAAGUACCGGUUGAGAUUGCGUCCUGUCCUCUCCCACCUGCAUCACAAUCACAACAGAGCUUCGAGGGUCCCUCAGAGGCGCCCCCGAGUUCCCCCUCGACUGGUUCCGUGAGUAUUCCACCACUCGACGUCCUGCCAGUUCCAGCAACGGAUCCUCCACUUCUCGUGACCGACUCGUGGCGUCGAGCUAACACUAGCCUCAUCAUACCGGAUAUCCCAACACCUCCUAGUCAAGCAUCCUCCAGUGACAGCGUCUUCACCGAUCCCGAGGAAAACGGGAUGGUGGUAGAAACUAGUGACAUCACAUCAUCACAAGUUCAGGGUAUUUCUUUGGCAGCUAAAAAACCGUCAAGGGACCAAAGAAAUUCAAUCAAGAAAAAUCGGCAAAGUCAUUUCUCUGUAACGGGACACCGGAAGAUUGAACUCAACUCAACAUCAAAUCGACUCUCAACAUCAACAUCCUUACAAGACUCAUCUAUCCAAAAGCACAAUGGGAUUAAAGAUUCUCAAAGCAAAGGAUUAAGAAGAGUUUCCAGCUGGACUUUGGGUAAGAAUUGUCGACAGGAAAGUGACAGAACCCAUUUAUCAUCAAUUCGAAAUACAUUUGAAGGUCAGCAUUUAGUAAAUUUGCUCACGUCAGAGAUACCUGAAAAUCUUCGAAAUCAGUUAUCUGAUGGAGAUCUUACAAAAUUUACUGCUGCACUUUAUUCUCAAUUACAAGCGAUAGGGGUCAUUAAGCCUCUUAAUGAUAAAUCAUUAAGCAACAAUGCUUUUUCUCCAGAACAAUUAUACUACUGGGAAGCACCUUCAAUUUCAAAAAUUACAGUUGAAAAAAAGAAAAAUGAGAUCAAACAAUCAACAGAAUAUGUUCAAACUCUCGAGAAAAAAGUCGAAACAUUACAAAGUGAAGUGGAAAAACUUCAAAAAGUAGUUGAAGAGUUAAAGCGGAAUAAUAAAGAGAGAAAGGAAAUUCCAAUAGUCAUGCGAUCAAAAGCAAGUUCGCCUGUACAGGAAAUAAAUGAAAAUUCUCUAAGAUCGUUAGAUAGAACUAAUUGUUUAUCAGAAAGCGGGAGAUUUACUGCAAGUUCUCUUGACAUAUCACCAAUAUCUCAUCGUCACGAUGAACAUUCUGAACAUGAGUCGUCUACAACUCCGUGUUUAUCGAAUGUUCCGGACAUUGAUGAAACAAUUGAAAGAACAGUAUACAAAACAAUAAAUUUAGCCAAUGCAGGAGAGAAACAAGUAGUUGACGAGAAUCAAAUAAAUUUUGAACAACUAGAAGAUAGGAUGAAAGCUGUUUCUUCAAGCGAAUCCAAUAAACCAUCAAUUGAAGAGAAUGUUCGACGAAAAUUAGACUUUGUUGAAGAAACAAUUGAAAGAAAUGUAGAUAAUCAAAAUGUACAUAGCUCUCGAAUGAACCAUGAAUGCAAGUUGGAUGAAUGUAAAGCAAAUAUCAAGGAAGAUCAGAAGUCAGGUCUACAAUUAUCAUCAGAUCGUGCAAGCUCAAGCAUCAAUGAAGAGAGAUUACAACCAGAGACUACUUCAGUUAUCACUAAUGAUACUAAGUCAGUUUCCGAAUCUGUGGAAUCAAUAGCUUCUUCACCUUUACCAAGAAUAGCACAACCACAAGUCGAUACUAUUCAACCAUCAAUUCCACCACCGCCUCCUCCGAUGCCAGGGAUGUUUGAAAAUAUUUCAGAAACCACGAAACCUACAAUUCCUCCUCCUCCUCCACCGCCUCCUAUGCCAGGGAUGUUGGAAGAUAUUUCUGAAACGAUGACAUCGUUGAUUCCUCCUCCGCCACCACCGCCUCCUAUGCCAGGCAAUCUGUCAUGUCCUCCACCACCACCUCCGAUGCCAGGAAUGGUUGUUCCUCCACCACCACCUCCUAUGCCGGGAAUAGCUGGACCACCACCGCCUCCACCUAUGCCAGGAAUAACAGGACCACCACCGCCUCCGCCUAUGCCAGGAAUGACCGGACCACCACCACCUCCACCUAUGUCAGGGAUGACAGGACCACCACCACCUCCGCCUAUGCCAGGAAUGACAGGACCACCACCACCUCCGCCUAUGCCAGGGAUGACAGGACCACCACCUCCUCCAAUGCCAGGAGUUCCACCACCACCACCACCAAUACCUGGUUCUGUAAGUGGACCACCGCCUCCCCCACCACUUCUUCAAACUGGACCUGCAUCUCUACCUCCUCCUCCGCCAGGAGGAUGGAAUCCUCAAGCCAGAGCAGCUAUGCGCAAACAACCGUUAAACCCAGAAAUUCCAAUGAAACCUCUUUACUGGACAAGAAUAUUAGUUCCUACUCAUACAGCUCCUCCUACAAUACCAGCAACGAGUCCAGACGCGCCCCCACAGGUUCCUUUGUGGGCUGAAUUGGAAGAAGAAAAAGUCGAUAUUAAAGAAUUCAUUGAUCUAUUCUCCCGUCAAGUGAUCGAAAGAAAGCCAACAAUAAAAAAAGAAGAAUCGAGUAAACCAUCUAAGAUUCAACCAGCCAAAAUUCUUGAUUCUAAAAGGUCAAAAACAGUUGGAAUCUUGGAAAAAAGUCUACGGGUAGAUUUCAGUGAAGUUGAAAAUGCAGUUUACAACUUGGAUACCAGCAUUAUUAGUCUAGAAGCAUUAAGACAAAUCUAUGAAAUUAUGCCAACAGCGAAAGAAAUCGAAGAAAUCACAACACAUGAGAAAGAGCAUCCUGAAAUUCCUCUUGAUCGGCCUGAAAUGUUUCUCAAACAAUUAUCAACAAUAAAAAACUUCAAUGAAAGGAUAAUAUGCCUAAUGUUCCAAGCAGAAUUCGAUGAUGCUAUUUCUACAGUUUCUUCAAAGCUAACUAAUUUAAGAUCAACCUGCGAUUAUCUACGCACCUCUCAAUCAUUGAAAAAAAUUAUGGCACUAAUUUUAACACUAGGAAAUUAUAUGAAUGGAGGGAAUAGAAUGAGAGGUCAAGCUGAUGGUUUUGGUCUUGAAAUUUUAGGUAAACUCAAAGAUGUCAAAUCUAAAGCUCCUGGAAUAACUUUACUGCAUUAUUUAGUUCGAUUAGUAUUAGACCAAGAGAAAAAUUAUAACUUUGAUGAAAUGUUACCACUUCCAAUACCAGAACCAGCAGAUAUUGAAGCAGCAUCAACUAUAGACUUUGAAGAAAUCACCAAGGAAUUGGAAAGGCUUGAGAAAAAGCUUCAGGAAUGUGAUAAAAAUUAUCAAAUAGUUAUAGAAACUUGUCCCGAAAAUUCCACAGCAUUCAAAGAAAAAAUGGAUACAUUUAUGAACAGAGCUAAAAAUGAAUUAACGAAUGAAAGGGAAAAUUUGCAAGAAGCGAAAGCUAGAUUUAUUGCUGCAAUGUAUUUUUAUCAGUAUACGCCUAAAGGAACCAGUAUUGAAAAGACGGACCCUAAAGAGUUCUUUGCACUAUGGUCAAAUUUUUGUAAAGAUUUCAAAGAUAUUUGGAAAAAAGAGCAACAAAGAUUGAAAAAAGAAAGAAUGAAAGCAAUUAGAAAAAAAUUGGAAGAAAAUCGUAAAAUAGAAACAACGAAAAUCGUUCCAGGAGGACUGAAAGAUCGUUUGUUAAAAUUCAUGGAAAAAGAAAAAAGAUAGUGAAAAAAAAAUUAAAUUUAAAACAAUACAGAAAAUUUAUACCACAAUAUAGCACAAAGAAUAUCUAUUCAUGUUAAAAUUAUCUUAUAAAAUUUAUUUAAUGUUAUCAUGAGUGAAUUGGCUUUCUUCAAAAUAUUCUGAUCUCAAUUGCAUCACUUAUCAAGUUAAACAUGCCAAAAUUCUAAAAAAAUGGAACAAGAAAAUAUUGCUAAUGAGCAAAAUGCAUUACUUGUUAUACUAUUCAUAUAAAAAAAUCGUUAUAUUUAUUAUGUCGCGCACGAAUUAUUUAAUUAUUGUUACGAUCUCUAUAUAGAUUAUAAUUUAGUAUUUAUCAUAUAAUAAUAAACAUUUAAUAAAAAAAAUUUCAUAAA